AUAUAGAAAAAAGGAACCGCUCCAUUAUUCCGACCUCUCCUCCUAAACGGCCGAUUUAAUGCUUCUUCUCUUUUCUCUCUCCUCGAAUAAAAUGUCGAUCUUCUUCUCCCUGAGAAAAAGCAAGCGUUUCACAAAAAGUUGCCAAUAAUUCCAAAAUGGAAACAUUUAUUCAAACACAAUAAAGAAUGUUAUUUGCUUGGUAAUGACAUUACACGUUGUUACUUGUUAGAAGAGAGAGAAAGAAGACAAGUGGCUCAAUUUUCUUAUAUUCUUCAAGAACCUUGCCUGCUGAGUAACGGAUUUGAUUCGAAAGUUUAACUUCUGAUCUGGGUUUCAGGAGAAUUUUUCUGGGUUUUGUUUGUUUCUUGGAAAUAUAUAGGAAAUUCGUAGAAAAUUAAGUGAUUUGAGAGAAGAAAAAGAUGGGUUUAUGGAGUCCAAUUCUUCGUAUUUUUAGUGUAAUUUUUGGGUUUGUAGGAUUUGGUUUAGGGAUUACGAUUGGUCUAACCGUUGGUUACUAUCUCUUUAUAUACUUUCAACCCACCGAUGUGAAGGAUCCUGACAUUCGGCCACUGGCUGAGCAAGAUACGGCUAAGCUUCAGCGACUACUUCCUGAAAUACCUCUUUGGGUCAAAAGCCCUGAUUAUGAUCGUAUGGACUGGCUGAACAAGUUUAUUGCUCAAAUGUGGCCUUAUCUGGACAAGGCAAUAUGCAAAACUGCAAAAAAUAUUGCAACACCUAUUAUUGCUGAACAAAUUCCAAAAUACAAAAUCGACUCUGUGGAAUUUGAGAAACUCACUUUAGGGUCUCUGCCACCAACUUUCCAAGGUAUGAAAGUCUAUGUUACAGAUGAGAAGGAGCUGAUAUUGGAACCAUCUUUGAAGUGGGCAGGAAAUCCUAACAUACUGGUCGCUUUAAAAGCAUUUGGUUUGAAGGCAACAGCUCAGGUGUUGGAUCUUCAAGUGUUUGCUUCUCCUCGUAUUACUCUGAAGCCCUUGGUGCCAAGUUUCCCAUGUUUUGCAAACAUAUACGUUUCUCUUAUGGAGAAGCCACAUGUUGACUUUGGUCUAAAGGUUCUGGGUGCUGAUCUCAUGUCAAUUCCAGGCCUGUACAGGUUUGUUCAGGAACUAAUAAAAGACCAAGUCGCCAAUAUGUAUCUAUGGCCACGUACACUUGAUGUACCCAUUCUAGAUCCAGCAAAAGCUAUGAGGAAGCCUGUAGGCAUUCUACACAUCAAAGUUAUAAGAGCGAUGAAGCUGAAAAAGAAAGAUCUCCUCGGUGGGGCAGACCCAUUUGUAAAGCUGAAGCUAACUGAUGACAAGACUCCAUCCAAAAAAACCACGGUGAAGCACAAGAACUUGAACCCUGAGUGGAACGAGGAAUUUAAGCUGACAGUUAGAGAUCCAGAGACACAGAGUUUACAGCUUAAUAUGUAUGAUUGGGAGCAGGUUGGUAAACAUGAGAAAAUGGGUUUAAAUGUUGUUCCUUUGAAAGACCUUACUCCUGAUGAGCCAAAGGAGUUUACUCUUGAUCUCCUCAAAACCACUGACCCAAAUGAUCCUCAAAACGAGAAGUCACGGGGACAAAUUGUGAUUGAAUUGACAUACAAACCAUUGAAAGAGGAGGACGUCGGAAAAGAUUUUGAUGAUUCAAUGCAACAAGCGCCUGCAGGAACACCUGCUGGUGGAGGUGUACUUAUUGUGAGAAUACACGAAGGCCAAGAUUUGGAAGGAAAGCACCAUACAAACCCGUAUGCACGUGUCAUUUUCAGAGGAGAGGAGAAAAAGACUAAGACUAUCAAGAAGAAUAGAGAUCCGAGAUGGGAUGAGCAGUUUGAGUUUGUUCUGGAAGAACCUCCGACGAAGGAUAAGAUGCAUAUUGAAGUUUACAGCACCUCAUCAAGAAGCUUGCUGCAUCAAAAGGAAUCGUUGGGGUACAUUGAUAUCAGUCUUGGUGACGUGGUUAACAACAAGCGAAUAAAUGAGAAGUACAACCUGAUAGACUCGAAGAAUGGCCUCAUCCUGGUCGAGCUCAUUUGGAGAGCUGCCCCUCCAAAGUCGUAAACUCAUCCUGUCUUAUAACAAUUUACUGGAAGAUAGAUAAUCUGUUUCUGUAAAUGUUGAACAUAUAUAAUGGUAGUUUCUAGUUGGGAUGAAAAUUUCUCUGGGCUUUUACACUGGAGGUUUAAGACUUUAGAUGUCCAGAAACAGGAGAGUGGCAAAAGCUUCUGCUACCUUGAAAAAUGGAAACUGGAUCUUUUUAUUUAUUUGAUUGAUAAAUGACACUGAAUUCACUUUGUAAGACAUGGUUAUUCUUACUGUUGAUGUUCAAUAUCAAACGCAGUUUUGGUAA